GAGGCGCACGAGGAGAUGCCGCGGUCGGCGCCCGCGCAGGGCGACCCCAGCCCGGCCAGAGGCCCCAAGAAGCACAGCUCUUUCCACCUCUGGCGCUCCAGAAGGAAGCCGCAGCCCGCGCCGUCCGACUGCGGCGUGUUCGUCCCGCACCCGCCCCGCGCGCCCGGGGCCGAGGCCAGAGCUUUGGAUAUACCAGAUGAGAGCCAGCAGGAGUCCCAGGAAUUUACAGUGCAUUGUGAGGAGUCUCAGACCACCAGCGAGCUGCCUCCUUCAUCUGCAGACUCUGGGACAUUUAAAAAGUCCAGAGCACAACCACCGGAAGACAACAGAAGGAAACCAGUUUUGGGGAAACUUGGCACUCUGUUUACGGCUGGAAGGAGAAGGAACACCAGGAACGGGGUCGAGAGUGUCAGUCCCACCACCGCAAACGCCAAGCCCUCCUCCCCCAAAGAUGGAACCUCUUCUAAGCUCCCUGAGAGAGAGAGCGAGAAGAGCAAGACUGCCAGCGGCCAGCCAAAGCAAAAGGACACGAGCCCGAGCCAGGUGGGCGCCCCCCAGGAGCAGCCCCCGGAGGCCCCCGACGAGGAGGGCCGCACCGAGGCCACCCCUGCGGGCGCCCAGGUGCCACCUGCGUCAGGCAGCAGUGCAGGGCUUGCGCAGCGGUGCCCUGAAGGUGAUUCACCCCAGCCAGAACCUCUGCGGGCAGACGGAGAGACCUUCCCAGAUGCCACCGCUGCUGCCAAGCAGCUGCAUUCCUCACCUGGGAAUCCCUCCAGGCGAGAGAGCGCGGACCCGCCCGCCUGCAGUCUGGGGGAGGACGCCGUGCCCGGCGCUGGCUGCGAACCAGAGCCCGCGCGGGGUGCGCCGGGGUCGCCCAGCCGGGCAGGACUAGGCGAGGCCCGGGACGGACCCCUCCGUGCGGCUCCCGAGGGGGGCGCCCCGCGGCCGCCGGACGCGUGCAGCCAGCCCCCCGAGAACGCCUCGGCCCGGCCAGGCGCCGCAGCCGCCCAGGGCGCGGAGAGCGCGGCCGGCGCCCGGGUGCUAACCCUGGACAUCUACUUGAGAAAGAGCGAGGCGGGGCAGGUGGACGAGCCGGUCGUGAUUACACCUGGGCUCGGAGAGGACUGCGGCGGCGAUUCCGACGACAUGGAGAGGAGGGCGAACGGUCGCCGGACCGGCCGGCGGAGGAAGUCGCAGAAAUCCACCGACUCCCCGGGCGCAGAGGCCGGGCUGCCCGGGAGCCCAGCCCGGGACGACGCGGUGUUCGACGACGAGGUGGCGCCAAACGUCUCCGCCGAAAAGAAAGUGAAAUCUCCGCGUGCGGCCCCGGACGGGGGCGUUGCCUCCGCGCCCAGCUGCGAGUCCAAGCCCGGCCCCAAAGGGCAGCUCCGCGGGGAGGCCGAGCGCACCAAGCCGCCGGCCCCCGCCGCGUCCCCCACCAAGAGGAAGGGCCGGAGCCGCGCCCCGGAGCCCUCGCCGAGCCCGCCUGCCUGCGGCCUGCGGGCUCCCGCCAAGGAGUCGCCGCCCAAGAGGGCGCCCGCGCAGCCGGAGCCCGGCCCGAACGCCAAGGGCGCGGCGGCCGACGGCGGGGAGGAAGCGGCCCGGGUCAUUCCGCGCGAGCUCACGGUGAAGAGCAGCUCGCUGCUGCCGGAGAUCAAAGCCGAGCACAAGAGGGGCCCGGUCCCCAGCCACCCCGAUGGCCGGGCCGACGGAGGCCGAAGCAAAGAGCUGGGCAGGUCUGCCGGAGCGUCCGAGGCUGACACCUUGAAGCCCAGGAAUCAUUUCGGUGUGGGCAGGUCGACGGUGACCACAAAAGUGACCCUACCUGCCAAACCCAAGCAUGUGGAACUAAGUCUUAAAACCCCUAAGAAUCCUGACAGUUUUGGAAAUGAGCAUAAUCCAUUUAGCCAGCCGGUUCAUAAGGGAAACACUGCCACCAAAAUCUCCUUGUUUGAAAACAAACGGGUAACUAGUAGUAGCCCAAGACACACUGACAUUCGAGGCACAAGGAAUAUUCCUACCUCUAAUAAGACAUUUGUCGGGAGGGCAAAGCUGAAUUUAGCCAAAAAAACUAAGGAAAUGGAGCAACCAGAAAAGAAAGUAGUGCCAAACAGUCACCAGAAUGGUGUCCUGGUGAAGGGACCAGCUGCAGGCUCUGAAGUUCCUCUGCCUGAAGAAGAGAUUCUCCUAGCACCCGGCCAGAGGAGAGGAGAGCCCAUGGAGAGUCAAGCUUCCGGCCCUCAGCCUACCUGCGAUGAUACAAAAGAUGUGCAAACAAAUGCUGGCUGCCCCUCAGAACCAGCAGCGACUGCGGCGAUUCCUAACCAGGACCAGAAACUCUUAAAAGAUGACUCUGAGGCUUCUGACAGCAAAAGACUUGUAGUUGAAAAUCCGAUCGAUACAGCACAAGCUGUCUCCUCUGAUGGUGAUACCAAAGAUUUACCCCCAAAACCACAGCCCCUAAUUGAGUCAUCUAAGGAGCCUUCUCCAUCACUGCCCACUCCCAUUCCUGUAGAUGUUCCCAAAGACACGUGUGCUCAAGCUCCUAUAAGCCCUGAUCUAAAGGUGUCAGGAAAGCAUAAUGGAUGUAUUUUGCCUGUAUCUCAUCAUGGUAAGAAAAUGCCACUCUCCAAAGUUGGAAGUGGGGGAGAAGCAAACCCUCCUCCGCCCCAAGAGAGCAGCUCCGAAGCUGUAGGAAAUGAGUGUCCAUCCAAGGUCCUUGUCCAGGUCAGAUCUUUCGUACUUCCGGUGGAGAGCACCCAAGAUGUGAGCUCCCAGAUCAUCUCAGAAAGUUCCGAAGUUAGAGAAGUGCAGUUGCCAAGUUGUCACAAUAAUGAACUUGAGGUGGUUUCUGUUGCAAGUUGUACACCCCCGCAAGAGGAAGUACCAGGCAGUACAAGCACGUUGCCCAAACACACUCGUUCUAAAGAAGAAGAAAUAGCAAAGUCUGACUCACAUAUUAUGCCAGCUGAAUCUGAAAAAGCUCUGCCUAUCCAGGCCCAAAGCGAGGGCAGCCAAACACCCACCAUGGCUGAAUCUACCCCCAUUAACUCUCCAAGCAGCAGAAUUUAUUCAGAAACUCCUCAAAGACCAGAUGGAAGUGUUAUGAAUGGCCAGGAUACCCCUGCUAGUCUUUUGAAUGUCUCUGCUGGUAGUGACGACAGUGUAUUUGAUUCUUCCUCUGAUAUGGAAAAAUUCACUGAAAUUAUAAAAAAGAUGGACAGUGCAGUUUGUGUGCCUCAGAAGAAGAAAAGAGCCAGAACGGCAAACUCUUGUGCUCCUCAUUUUGCUAUGCCUCCUAUUCACGAAGACAAUUUAGAAAAGGUGUUUGAUCCCAGUGUGUUCACUGUUGGUUUGGGAAAGAAGGAAAGUCAGCUAGAAAUGUCACCAGGUUUACAUCUGAUGCACAGCCUAGACUCCAAGUCUAAAAUGAGACCCAAACGUGCAUCCACUGAACACAGUCUCCUCUUUAAAUCCUUGCAUGCCAACACUAAUGGGAAAGGUGAAUCUCAGGUGACUCCAGAGAUAAAUGACAAAGAGAACAGGGACAUCCCCAAUGGUGGAGUUAAAAGAUCAAGGCUAGAAAAAAGCGCACUUUUCUCAAGCAUAUUAUCUUCUUUACCUCAAGACAAAAUCUUUUCCCCCUCUGUGACAUCAGUCAAAACCAUGACCACGUCUUUCAGCACUUCUCAGAAUAGUUCCCCGUCUCUGACUGCAGUGGGACAGCCCACAACUGAGGGUGCCCGGCCCAGUGGCUCUGACAAAGAACAGCCAAAUCUUCUGCCCCAUAACUCCUUAAAGGUCUUCAACUUCAACUCAUCAACCACAUCUCAUUCAGGUUUGAAAAGUCCAAGUCACGUGGAAAAGUGCCUACAAAAAGAAGAAACCAAAGAAGAUCUGAAUUCACAAAGUAACCUGCAUUUGCCAGAAACUAAAAUUUCCAAACUGAAGAACAGUGAUGAUAUGGAAAAGACUAAUCAUAUUGAAAGUGUUCUUAAAUCAAAUUUGCCAAAUCUUGGAAACAGUGAGACUGAUUUCACGAGUCUUUUCAAAUCAAGUCUGUAUGAUCCAGGCAUUUCUUUCUCUGCAAUGUCAUUAUCGGACACAAAGACGCUUAGAGGAAAUGUCCAACAUAAACUCAAUCCCAGACCUGGAAAGGUGGUGAUUUUCAGUGAACCAGAUGUUUCUGACAAGUACAUUGAAGUUUUCAGUGACAUUCAGGAUUGCAGUUCUUGGAAGCUCUCUCCAGUGGUCCUCAUAAAAGUCGUUAGAGGAUGCUGGAUUUUAUAUGAGAAACCAAACUUUGAAGGGCACUCCAUCCCCUUAGAAGAAGGCGAAUUAGAACUCUCUGGCCUCUGGAGUGCAGAAGAUACUUUGGAAAGAAAUGAGGAAAUAGAAUCUGACAAGCCUGUAGUGAUUGGUUCAAUGAGACAUGUGAUCCAGGAUUACAGAAUUAGUCAAAUUGACUUAUUUACAGAGCCAGAAGGGUUAGGACUCCAAAAUUCCUACUUUGAUGAUACUGAAGAAAUGCAGGGAUUUGGUGUCAUGCAGAAGACCUGUUCCAUUAGAGUGCACUGGGGAGUAUGGCUGAUUUAUGAGGAGCCUGGAUUUCAGGGUGUUCCUUUCAUCCUAGAACCUGGGGAAUAUCCUGACUUACUCUUCUGGAAUACAGACACAGCAUACAUUGGAUCCAUGCGACCUAUGAAAAUGGGUGGCCGUAAGGUUGAAUUCCCUACAGAUCCAAAGGUAGUUAUUUAUGAAAAGCCCUCCUUUGAAGGACGAUGCAUUGAACUAGAAGCAGAACUGUGCAGUGUUGGCACAGAGGGAGGCAAGACAGAGGAAGCCACCGGGGACGCUGGUUUGCCCCUUCUGUCUGUGGGGUCGAUGAAAGUACUGAGAGGCAUUUGGGUUGCUUACGAGAAGCCUGGGUUCACAGGCCAUCAGUAUCUGCUAGAAGAAGGAGAAUACAAGGACUGGAAAGACUGGGGAGGGUACAGUGCAGAACUUCAGUCUUUACGGCCUGUAUUAGGGGAUUUUUCAAAUGCUCACAUGAUAAUGUACAGUGAAAAAAACUUUGGAUCCAAAGGUUCCAGUAUUGACGUAUUAGGAAUUGUUGCUAAUUUAAACGAGACUGGAUAUGGAGUGAAGACACAGUCUAUUAAUGUACUGAGUGGAGUAUGGGUGGCCUAUGAAAAUCCUGACUUCACAGGAGAACAGUAUAUUCUCGAUAAAGGCUUUUACACCAGUUUUGAGGACUGGGGAGGCAGAAAUUGUAAGAUCUCUUCUGUCCAACCCAUAUGUUUGGAUUCUUUUGCUGGCCCCAGGAGACAAAAUCAGAUUCACUUGUUUUCGGAGCCACAGUUUCAAGGUCACAGUCUAAGUUUUGAAGAGACAACAAGUCACAUUGAUGAUUCAUUUUCUACCAAGUCUUGCAGAGUUUUAGGAGGCAGCUGGGUUGCCUAUGAUGGAGAAAAUUUCUCUGGUAACCAGUAUGUGUUGGAAGAAGGUCACUAUCCGUGUCUUUCUGCGAUGGGAUGCUUGCCUGGAGCCACUUUCCGAUCUCUCCGGUUUAUAGAUGCUGAAUUUUCUGAGCCAACAAUAAUUCUUUUUGAAAGAGAAAACUUCAAAGGAAAGAAGAUUGAACUUAAUGCAGAAACAGUUAAUCUCCGAUCCUUGGGAUUCAACACACAGAUACGCUCUGUUCGGGUUAUUGGUGGCAUAUGGGUUUCUUACGAAUAUGGCAACUAUAGGGGCCGACAGUUCCUGUUGUCACCAGCAGAAAUACCUAACUGGUAUGAAUUCACUGGCUGUAAUCAAAUAGGUUCUCUCAGACCUUUUGUUCAGAAACGAAUUUAUUUCAGACUUCGAAACAAAGCGACAGGGUUGUUCAUGUCAACCAACGGGAACUUGGAGGAUCUGAAGCUCCUUAGAAUACAGGUCAUGGAAGAUGUUGGUGCUGAUGACCAGAUUUGGAUUUAUCAAGAAGGAUGCAUCAAAUGCAGGAUAGCAGAAGACUGCUGCCUGACUAUCGUGGGCAGCCUCGUCACAUCAGGCUCCAAGCUGGGCCUGUCGCUUGACCAGAAUGUCGACAGCCAGUUCUGGUGCAUGAAGUCAGAUGGCAGGAUCUACAGCAAACUGAAGCCAAACCUAGUUUUGGAUAUCAAAGGGGGUGCACAGUACGAUCAGAAUCACAUCAUCCUCAACACAGCCAGCGAAGAGAAGCUAACCCAAGUGUGGGAAGCCAUGGUCCUGUAGACAGCGAGCACAGCAGGAAGCUUCCCGGGGGACGUUCGGCCACUUAACUUAAGAAACAGAAGAGGACAGUGCGGUGGACAGCCAAGCGAGAGCGGCCCGAGCCCUUCCCCGGCGUGAGUCGUCCUGCCGCGGGGGAGAACCAUGUGGCGGCAGAGUUUGAAGCCACUUGAAAAAUAUAAGUGGAUCGGCGCUCCGCUCAUUUCUUGCUCUCAAUGCCUCGGUAACCACAUAAGCAAGUUCCCCAUUAGCAGUGUUUAGGUGUUUUUAAAAGACGUUACGACUUCAGGACUGUGUAGACUUUUAAUUUUUUUCCAAAGAAUAGUGACACAAGAGAACAGGACCAAAUUUCCUGAUUCUGGGACCUACAAAUCCCUUACACUGUGAAGGGAACCACAAACGCCUGUGUUGGUAAGGCAGGGUACUGGGGACCCUUUUGGAGGAAUGCUUUUCAGCCUGCACAUUUGUUCUUGGCCUUUAUGUUUUCUGGACUUCUGGAAGGUGAAGUGGGAAACCCCUAUAUGUUCAGAAACAGAAAGCAGUCAAUAAAUAUAAACCAAGUCCCUUGUUACAGCUGCUCCUGGAACAGUGUUAUCACGGCCUAAUUUAGUAGCGUCAGCUUACUCACCCACACCUCAUACUGAAGCCACAGUCUACCAUUUUUCCUGAACUCGGGAUUUUUAGCCUGAUUUCCAGCCAUUACUGUCGCAGGACAGGCAGAUACCUUGACACUAUGGACACUACAGCCCUGGGCUCACUUCCUUCAAGUGGCAGAAAGAGGUGGGCAAAGCGCAGAGGACGACCAGAGUGAUCCCCAAAAGGUGAAGGAGCGGCGCCCCAGGAGCUGUUUGCCAGCAAGCGCUGGAGCUCUGGGAACCCCAAAGUGCACUAAGGAUUAAGAAAUGCAGCGAGGCUGGCUCGCUGCGGCCAGGACACCGGCCCACACCCGGCUUCUCUGCCGGUUCUGAACAAAACUGCUAGAUGUGUCCUCCGGUCAGUCCAUUCCUCCUCCUGUGCUCAACGCUGAAUACUGGUGCUCUUGUCACAAGUAGAACAAAUCUUGUUUCUAUUUUACCUGUUGAAGCAUGUUUCUAAUUCUGAGAUGUGUCCUCCCGGGAGCCCACGGUGGCCAGCUGUGACCAUGAGAACGGCUCUGAAAUGUUGGUACAGCAGCGUCCAACAUGCCUCUUGGUCUUCUGUGUCCCUGCAGCUCUCACUGUAGGUCUUUCGUCUGUAUCAUUAAUUCAUGGUGGGUUAAGAUACUCUGUGAUAGCCUGUGUGGAACUUCUCUGGAAUAAACUUGUUUCUGGCUAACUAUACUGACAAAA